ACUUCACAUGUAUAGGCUACUCUACAUUUAAUCUCCAAUGCAUUAUAUUGCAUUUAUAUUAUCAGUCGUUCUCGCCUGUGUAGUUUUCUUGAAUUUCUCGGUUUGAUUUCCCUAUUUUCUCAGUUUCUCUGUGACUCCGCCCAUGCAUUCCUGUGUGUCUGGGCUGUGAGGAGGAGGAGGAGGAAUGAAAAGCAAAGAGAGGCUGCAGAAAGCUGCCUGUGGACGCUGAACCAGCGAGGAGAUGAUUAACAACAACAACAACUCUCAUCCUCAAUCUGACUGCUACAGCUUUCUGACAUAACGAACAGUUAGCCCCAAAGUCUAAACCAACUGGACGCCUUUCUAUUUCUUCUUUUUUUUUUUUUUUUUUUUCUUUUAUAAGUUCUUGGGAACUUUGUUUGUUUUUUUCUCCCGGAGUUGGAGCUGUGGAGUUUGGUUUCCAGUCCGACUGCAUUGCAACAAAACCCCCGCCGCUGUUUCCGCUGCUUUUUUUCUGCCGCAAAAUCAGCAACAAAACGAGCCAGAAGAGCCGAGAGAGUCUGCGAGGAGGAAAUCAUGGAGAUCCUCGACAGUAGCGAACCGUUUUUACACUGGGACAGGAACCUCAGCGAGCUGUCCGACGCUGGAGAGAUGGACAGUGUGCUGUACACCAACCACUUCUCCGAGCUCCUCGACGAUCUGUCCCAGGAUGCUUUGCUGGGCCAGCUGCUCAGCGACCCCUUCCUGUCCGGGGUGAGAGGCGGAGUGGAGGCCAUGGAGGGGGAGGACGGGAGCGACCUGUCCCCGUCUUCCCCUCUCCCCCCGCACAUCACGGCCGAGCACAGCUACUCGCUCUGCGGGGACAGCCGCCCACAGUCGCCGCUGUCGCACCUGACCGGAGAGCAAGGCAGCGACGCCGAGUCUGAUGGGGACUCAGCUGAUUGGCCCAUGGAGCAGGAGGACGCCAUUGACAGCAUCCUGUGUGAGACUCCUUCCCUCCUCCCCAACCUCUCUCUCUCUCUAGCCUCCAGCGCAGGGCCCCAGGCUCCUGAGGGCCCCGCUGUUGCCCCUGACGCUGCCGCCAGCCCACCUCAGACCACCGUCAGCAGCCACAACCAAAGCAAAGGCCUCAAGAUCAAAGAGGAGAACAUCAUCCCCCAGAUUAAACUGGAGCCUCAUGAAGUGGACCAGUUUCUCAAUCUUUCACCCAAAGGUCUGGAGUCGCUGCAGAUGCCCCCCACUCCUCCCAGUUCCCUCAGCAGCGACUCUGAGGGCAGUCAGAGCCCUGUCCACGCCCCGCCCGGCCUGUCCUGCCCCACCUCCCCCACCAGCCCUCCUCCAUCCCAGGCCGGUCUGAAGGUGUCGCCUCGCGCGGCUUCCUCGCUGUCCAACUCCCCUCUGCUCACCGCUGCUCAUAAGCUGCAGGGGUCGGGCCCGUUGAUGCUGACGGAGGAGGAGCGCCGUACGCUGGUGGCUGAGGGUUACCCGGUCCCCACCAAACUGCCGCUCACCAAAUCUGAGGAGAAGGCGCUGAAAAAGAUCCGCAGGAAGAUCAAAAAUAAGAUUUCGGCUCAGGAGAGUCGCAGGAAGAAGAAAGAGUACAUGGAUGCUCUGGAGAAGAAGGUGGAGACCUGCUCCAACGAAAACAACGAGCUGCGCAGGAAAGUGGAAACUCUGGAGUGUACCAACAAGUCUCUGCUACAGCAGCUGCAGUCUCUGCAGGCGGUGGUGGCCGGCAAAGUCCCCAAGUCCUGCAGGAUGGCAGGCACCCAGACAUCAUCAUGCCUAAUGGUGGUCGUGUUGUGUUUUGCUCUGUUUUUGGGGAGUUUCUACCCCAGCAGUUUGACUCCGUGCUCCAGCAUCACUGAAACUGGCCUCGCUUCUCAACAGCUGGCUGUCAAAGAGUCCUACACAACCACAGUGAAGUCGAGGAAUCUGUUAUCAACGUUCGAAGACGAGCAGCCACACCUCCUCGGUCUAGGCGGGGAAUAUCCCGCCCAAUGGGAGGACACGUCGGCUGUCGUCAUGGCAGUGUGGCGUCGCUCAGAGCAACAGAAAGUGGCAGAGGUGGAGCCCAACAUGGUGGAAACACACCCACCCUUCAGAAAUAAAAGCAAUGAGACGCAGACAUCGAAAAACCUGCUGCUGGACCUGCAAAGGUCUCUGGAGCAGAGGACGAAGGAGAGCAGCAGUAAAGUGAUAGAGCUGGAGCGAACGGUCAACGAGACCUCCUGAGGUUCAAGUCAACACCCACCCUAAACGCCCCUCCAUCCCGGGACCCCACCUCCCUUACACCCCAUGAUGACCUUUGACCUCCCCCCCCCUGUAGAGCAUGGUUCAGUGUCCUGGAGCAAACCUCAUACAGUAGUUCCCACUGCCGAUUGUUCCAUCUCUGCUUAAUCAGAUACACUGUAAUAAUAGUAAUAAUAAUAAUAAUAAUAAUAAUAAUAAUAAUAAUAAUAAUAAUAAUAAUUCAAAGAGGCACUGGUUGCCUUAGUUUCUUAAGUAACAUUGCACUGAAUUAUUCUUACAUGAGUCAACUUAUCAGUUGUAUCUGUUGUCUUAAUUGACCUGGCUUGAAUCACGUUGAGAUAAAUUCAAAUAGAUGUAUUUAAUGAUGCAGCGUGGCAUUUAUUCCAGUGGAAAGUUUAUUAAAAUAUGACACGUGAGGCUUUUUACAGGACACUGAAAGAGAACCUUUUGUAUUUAUAGAAACCUUGUUUGUUUUGUUAAAGUUAUUGCUUUUUGUAGUUCUUCUAAUGUUUUUAUUCCAUUCCAGUGAGGCAUACAUCCCAUUUUGAUACUUGUUUGUGUUCGUAUUGUUUUUUGUUUUUUUUCUUUUGCUAUUUUAUUGUACUCUUUUAUAUAUUGUUAUUGUUAUAUUGUUAUAUAUUUUCUUCAGCUGACUUGACAUUUCAAACAUCGAGGGCUUAACGUGGGGGUUCCUGCACUCAUUUGAAAAAAUGUUUCAAAAUCUUUAUUUGUUGAUGUAAAAACACCAUAUUUGGGAUGUUUAUAGUGUGCUGAUGAAUCUGCAGCUCAAAUCUGCUAUUUUCUCACAAUUAAUACCGACUGCGGUUUUAAAAUCCAGUUAAAUAAAAAGCAAAAUAGAGCACCUUGGGGACCCUGUUAGCUAUGCUUCAGACAUUUUGACUUUGUUUGGUCUGUGUGAUGAGUGCGAGUCAAGAGUCAGAAGCCUCUUGAGGGGACUAUUUUUUUGUCAGGUUGCUCUUAUAGCUUUUGUGUGCAGUUGAGAACUACACCUCCUUUAAGAGUAGUCGGACAUUUUAGGACAUAUCCUUUAUUUGCCUUCUUGUGGAGAGUUAGAUGAGAAGAUCGAUACCACUCUCAAAUUUGUAUGGUAAAAAAUGAAGCUACAGCCACCAACCAGUUGGCUUAGCUUAGCAUAAAGACUGGAAACAUAGGGAAACAGCUCUUAUAUGUCCAAAGAUUAAAAAAAUAAAUAAAAAAAACACAUACCAGCACCUCUAAAAUUCAUAAAUUUCCAAAUGAGAUUUGAGGUAUUCAUUUGUGAGCUUCAGAGGUGCUGGUAGACAGGUUUUGUUACCUUGUUACCUUAGACAGAGCUACGCUAGCUGUUUCCAUGCUAAGCUAAGCGAAGCUAUGCGCCUGCUGUCAGUAGCUUCAUAUUUAUUGUACAGGCAUGAGUGGUAUCAUUCUUCUCAUCUAACUCUGUGCAAAAAAGUGAAAAGGCGUAUGUCCCCAAAUGUCAACCUUUGUCUUAAAAAAAGUGUGAUGUAACAACAGAAUGAACUUUCUGCACUAACUGUAUUUGACCUUUAAUCCUGCGAUGCUUUUGCCUUAAUCACUUUUACUGUCAGCUCCAAGAGUCUUUAUUUGCUAUUUUUCAGCAUUUGCCAAAUAGCUUUUCCCCGACAUGAAAAAAAGUAUCUAUUUUUGUAAAUAUAAGUUGUUAAUAAAUAAGCAAGUCUAAAUAUGUCUGGGAUCUGUAGUUUAUAAACCAAUCCAUAAUUCAUUCAGAGUUUAUUUUGGAUGCAAUGUUGUUGAUAAAUUAUAAAUGUAGCUUCAAAGUUUGUCCUGACUUUCUGUUGGGUUUACUUUGUUAAUUACAGGUCAUGGCUUUAAAAGUCUUACUUGUCUACUUCAAGUGUAUAACGGAUGGAUUCUUACAUUUCUGAGCUUUAUUGAAACAUGUUAUUUCAUGUAUGUUACAGACCUCUUGUGUUCCAGGUCUGUCCAUCCAUGUUGUAAAUACAAAUUUGUUAAAAAUGAAAUAGUAUUAAGUAAAUUAAGCCCAGAGUCAUAAGAAAUUGUGACUUACACUGUGAGGAUGAGUCAACAGAAAUAGAUCCCAGUGCUGUUUAGAGACUAUAAAACAAUAUUUGUAUAUCCUGGUCUCAUAUUUUAAGCUUUGUAGAUAAAUCAGUGGCUAGAUUGUCAAAGAUUUAUUGUUAAAUCUGUAUGUAAGGACGCAUUGAUGAUAGUCUUUGCUCCAAGCCACAGCAAACUCACUGCUGAGUCUAUAAACAGUAGAGAUCAUGGAAAAUAAAAGAUAUUGUUUUUAUUCUGACAUUUUUAUGGAAAAUUCUCUUCUAGUUUAAACUAGCAGCCAGUGGAGAGAUUUUCUUCUCCCAAUUCAGAUUUAAUUUCCAUGUUGCUUCUUUGUAAAGCCACUCCUGUCUUUUUGCUUUCAAAUGAAUAUAGUAUUUUCCUUAGUAAAAGCGUAUUUUCUGUGA